AUGAGGGCCACGACCUUGCUCCCAACACUGCUGUGUGUUGCUGGAGCUACCCCGGUGUUUCCACGUCAAGACGUUGACCUGACGAUCAUCAUCGCAGCUCCGGAUCCGUCCACGGCGACGAUUCCGAUCGGUGUGGGAAGCCAAGUCGUUAGCUAUGAUCUCCCGGCAGCUACACGGGACGCUACGGUGUCUCCGCUGCCGGUAGGAACUGAGGCUGCCACCUCACUGGUUGCUAUCACCUCGUUGGUUUCUACCGGCUCACUGGCUGCUACCUCCUCACUGCACUUGGCGGCCAGACAAUCACAGGCCUGUGAACCCCUGGCCGCCGGGGACGGGCCUCAACCAACUCCCGACACUGCCGACGCCUUCCUCGCCUUUCAGGAUUUUUCAAAUGCUGCGAAGGGGGCAGUCACGCCCGCGGGCUACGUACUCCAAUAUCAGGAUUUGAAGGCAAGCAGCAAUGCCUAUGGUUACUUGGGCCACAGGACUCUGAAGACGUAUGCUCCCGACCAAUGUGCCAGCCAGUGCAAUUAUAUCACUGGCUGUUCCGGCUUUGGCAUCUACUUCGAAAGAGCCCCAACCGUCGUGCCCGGUAGUGGUGACAACUGCACCGAUCCCGCGUCCACUACGGUCAUCAAGUGCGUGUUCUGGGGUGGAUACCUCGCAGAAAAUAACGCCAUGAACGAUGGACAGUUCCUUCAAGACUUCCAUGUGGUUAUCGCUGGCUCGAAUGGCUACAUGGCCACAGCUGUCCCGGAAGUACCGGGCUUCACCGGGCAGUUCUUGGGCACCAGCACCAUCGACGCCCCCCUAGAUUGCAACGGACAAGACACCUACAUGGGGCCGAAGUUUUUCAGCCAAAGUUAUUACGACCCGAACCUCUGCGCCGCUGCUUGCCAGUCGCAAAACGACUACAAUACAGCUCACCCUCCUCCUGACGGCGACCCUCAAAUUUGCAGGUUCUUCACCACAUACCUCGUCGCCAGAAACGGGAUCCCGGAAGGGCAGUACUGCGCACUGUACACAGAGUUUUGGGACAGCUCGUAUGCCACAAACGAAGGCCAGUAUCGGGGGAAUGAUCAUUACACGGUUGGGCAGGCCUAUUCCUACUCCAACACAGCAUCGCCUUCGGUGUCAAAUUGCACGACGGUUAUUGCCUAA